GAGAGAGAGAGACAGAGAGAGAGAGUCAGAGAGAGAGAGAGAGUCUUGAUCGAAAGUCUUUAUGUUGAAGCUUCUGAGAACAAUUUCUACUUCAUUUCACAGAGAAAGCUCAGAUUUGAAGAAGUUCACCGAUCCAUUCCGACUCAAACUUCAUCUGGAGUGUUUUGUUGGUUUAUGAUACUAAAACUAACUCCACUGAGAUAUUCAGAGAAAGAGAGCAUGAGGACAUGAUGGAGUAAAGACUGUUAUAUUAUGGCACCAUCUAGUGCAAAAAGCACAAAAAUAAAAAAACAAAUAAAUUUCAAUGAUUUGAGGGAGGGUCCACCACAUGACAAUAACCAGCAAUAUAGCAGCAUUCUGAUUGGUUUAGAGGUUUUGAACCACAUCAUUUUGAAAAACGAAAGCAAAAGAAACACAGCAGAGGAGAAGUGAACGUACUGAAUCACAAUAAUGGCAAAAUCAAAGGAAAGAAUUUCAGUGUUCACAAAAAAGUAUGAAGAGAAGUACGAUGAGAAAGAUAUCAGGGAUGGAGAUGUGUUCAUUGUGCAACGUGAUUCAAAGGUCCAGAACGCUGGAGUGUACUCUGAUGGACAGAUCGUUCAGCUGAAUGCAGGAACAUUUUCUACAGCGGUAAACAAGGUGAACGAGGAGACGUUCAGUGGAGGGAACAAAGUAACAGUUCACAGGAAGAAGGGAGGAAUCCCUCGGACAUUCAAAGAAAAUGUUGAUGAAGCAAUGAGCAAAUGUCCAGAAACCAAUUAUACUUAUUACAACUGUAUUGAGUUUGUCAUGGAGCUUCUGGAAAUUUAUCUGCAGCCGACCGCAUCGGACUGCUAUAAGAUUGCCUCUGGCGCUAAACCAAAGGGCUUCAAAGUUGUCAAAAACUUCUCUGAUGAUUACACUGGAAACGCAAAGCUAGGAGACCUGUUUCUCGUGGAAAGUGGGCUACUUGGCUAUAGCCUCCAUGCUGGAGUGUUCUGCAGUGUAAAGGACCAAGAGAUUAUUCAGUUCAGUUCAGGUGCUGUGAACCGGGUGCAUAUCAAUGGGUUCUCUCAAGGCAAGAAAUUUACAAUUUAUAGGAAGAAGACUGGAGUCUCAAGCAAAAUCCAGAAAACAAUGAAGAAAGCAAUGAGCAGCAUGCCAGAAUAUUCAGAGUCCAAUAAAAAUAAAAGUGUUCGUUUUGCCCUGGAACUGCUCUAUGGAGAAGUGGAGAAAACAGAAAGAGAUGUGGAAGGCUUGACUCAGCUGGUGUUUGGCGAUAACAGUGCAGAUCUGUAGAACCUGAAGAUUUAAAAAUGAUAGGAAAGCACCACACACACACACACACACACACACACAUAUAUGUACAGGUAGUAUUAAUUAUAUGUAGAACAAUACCUAUAUGAAAAGCUGUGUUCUUUGUUUUCUGUUCCUGUUAGACACACAGACAAACCAACAGUCCGCUAAUGGAGAGAUUCACCUUCAUCAGUGAAACAGAUGACAUUUGCAUAACACCACUUCAGCAUAAAGGCACUCACAUCAUUCAUUUCUUUAAAAAAAAAUUACAAUCUAAUUUGACCCGAGCUUUCACUAGAGCUCUGAAAACAGAAAUGAGGCUGAUCCAUCCUUUCUUCUCUACUUUAUUUUUCCAGCUUAUGUAGAUAGCCAUUUUUGCUUCUCCUACAGUGAAAUCGAUCAGUUCCCAUUUCUGUUUUUCAGCUUUUUUUAUAACCAGCUCCAAAGAUAAAAGAAACCUGGGACCAUGUUUCCAGCAGCCAUGUUUGCAUUUCAAACAACAAUGAAAAAACAGUUUCAAUUUCAGCACAGAAGGGACAUGUCUUUAUAACAUCUGGAUUUAACUUGGAAAUUAAAACAUUGACCCCCCCACAGCUCCAUGUAAUAUUCUCUGCUGUAAAUCACCCGCUCAUUUCCUAAGUGGCAGUUUAUACAACACUCUCCAUACAGGCUUAAUGUCAUCUAAAACUCCGAGCGUUUUUCUCCACACUGUAUCUAUCUGUCCUCCCAUCCAGCUUUCUUUUAUUUACAGCUUUUACACAACAUCUGUAAACUUCUUUUCUUUCUUUUCACCUCAUAAAUAGGUAAAACAUGUCCUUGGGUAAAACCGUUAAAACUGUUGGGUAAAAUUUUGGUAAUAGUUCUAGUUCAGGAAAGGGGUCACCUUUAUCUGGUGUUUCUGCUUCCUCAUGAUAUUCCUUGAUUAAGUUCAGUUCCUCUUUAGACAGCUUGCUGAUCCAUUUUUCGAUAAUGGCUUCCAUGUGCUGUAAUGACCGUAGCCGGAGUUCCUGAGCCACCGCUCUCUUGUCUUUAAAAUCCAGUUCUGCAGUAUCCACUAGUCUCCUCAAAGUUGUGAACUGUUUCAGUUCUAGAGUUUGUGUGAGACCUGGAGAACUGUCCUUAAUGUCCAUUCGUCCUCCUCCCGAUGAACCCAUUUAAAGAAGUAAACCCAAAAUAAACCCAUUUAAAGAAGUUCACAAUCUGUGUAAAAACAUUUCAAUUGAUAAAGUGUACAACAUACCUGAUAAUGAGCAGCCUUGUCUGAUUCCCGGUUUUACUUUAAAAGGAACGCUUAACCCUCCAAUGAUCUUCAGUACACUUUCAGCAUCUUGGUACAUCACCUUUACCAUUGUGCUAUAAGACUGGGGCUGAGGCCAAAUGUCUCCAGAGUUUUCCAGAAGUUCUGGUGCUCAACCCUAUCAAAAGUUUUUUCUUGGUCCAGUGAAAUCAGACCAAGGUCAACUGCCAAUGAACUGGAGAUGUCCAAAAUGUACAGAAUCAAGGAAACAUUAUCAAUGAUGGAUCUACUGGGCACACAAUACGUCUGUUCAGCUUGAAUUAUUGAGUCCAUGAUGUCUCUGAGCCAACAUGCUUUUGACAUUAUUUUAUAGUCUGUACAGAACAGUGACACUGGACUCCAGUUUUUAAUGUCCUAUAAAUCCCCUUUCUUGGGGAGAAGGGUGAUCACCGCUUUCCGGCUGCUCAGGGGUAGACACAUUUCUCUGCAGCUUUUGUUGAGGACCUCCAGCAGCUCUUCUCCAAGCUUCUGCCAGAAGAACUUGUAGAAUUCCGCUGGUAGGCCAUCCAUUCCAGGCGCUUUUCCUCCUGCUAUUGAGUUCAAGGCAGCCUGCAGCUCCUCCAGAACCAGCGGUGCUUCCAGUGUACAUGAAUCUGCCGUUCUGUCCGUUCUGUUUUUUCCAGUCCUAAGUAAAACUGUGAUGGAGCAUCCAUUUCGUUAGCUCCUUUGAAUUGUGAUCGUACAACAGCACCCUGUGUUUUUGUGCCCAAUAGAUCCAUCAUUAAUGUUUUUUUUUACUUUGAGGUUCUCAAAAUAUCCUCUGUUUCCUGUGGACUCAGUUAAAGUCUGUAGUUCCACUAUUUCCAUCUCCAGUUCCCUUUAAUGAUUUGGUGAUGUCCCUUGCGACGUUGGCAGUGUACUACUGACAGAGUGGCUGGAUUAAAACCUGCCCAUGGUCCCACCACUGUCUGCAGGAGAAGUCGUCUCUCUUCUCUUUUCCAAGAGAGGUUCAGAAAACUCUAAAAGACUCCAUAAAAUUAGCAUCAUUCAGUAAAGAAACAUUAAAAUGCCAGUAUGCACUUCUGGAUUUAAGAUUUGCAGUAAAAACUUUGCAUCUGACUAAAAAGUGCUCUGAAAAACUGACAGGUGUUAUUUCACUAGCUUUGAAGGUUAUGUUUAAAACAAUAAAAUCUGUCUAGUCUAGCUAGCGAAAUAAAGUGAUCUCUAGAGUGUGUAUUGUCUCUCAGUUCCAUGCAGUCUUCUCCACACAUCUACCAGAUCGUGAGUUUU